CUUAAUUUAAUAAUUAGAAAAACAGCAUUAAAAGGUACUACUAAUUUUUUUUAAUCAAAGUUUAUUAAUCUAAAUAAUAACCUAUUGCUUUCAAAUUUGUUAAUGAAUUCCUUAAUCACAGAAAGUAAUAUAGAUCUAACUGAACUUCAAAGUUAGUAAAAUACAGAAUAAGAUCUUUCAAUUUUACAAUCUUAAUCGAAGCCCCCAAGUACAGUUUUUACUAACUAGCCUCGUAAAUACCAUGAGAAAAAGCAUAAAAAACUUAAAACAGAGGAUGAUGAUGAACCUUCAUACAUUUCGUUUUAUAGAUAUCCAAUUAAGUCAUAUGAUGAAUAAAAGAAAAGAAAACAAUUGAUCAUCUUAGAUAGUCCGUUAGAUAAAAUAUCUCCUACAAUAAAUAAUAAAUACAACCAUAAAAAAAAAAAGUUUAACAAUAGUUUGAGAAGGAGUUUUACUCCACAAAGAUCAGAUACUCCAUCCAAAUCUAUUGAUCAAUAAGAUGAAUAAAAAAAUAUUUUUUAAAGACUGUAAAUUUCGAAGAUAAGUAAGUUAUUUGUGCUUAAAAUAAGGUAACUCUCUCAAAAGUAUAAUUAUCGUCAUUUGAGAAAAGUUCAAUUUGAUUUAAUUGGUGAUGUAGCUACUUCAAAAUUAUAUGAAUCUUAGUAGGAUAUUAACAUAGAAUCAUUUUCUUAUAAAAGAUAAAUAGUAAGAAAUUUUUAUAAAAUUGUAUUCUUUUUGAACAAAAAGAUUCCAAGUAAUCCAGAAUCUAAGCUUUUUUUUAUUUGGAAUAUUAUAUUCUGUUUAAGUACUUUGAUAUAUUUAUUUUAUCUUCCAAUUUAUUACAGCUUUAAUUAGGAAAUUGUAUGGUUUAAUCAAGUUAUUAUGAUAAUUUUUAUCAUAAAAAUUAUACUUAGUUUUAUAAAAGGAUACUAUGAAAAAGGAGAGCUUGUUUAAGAUACUGAAAAAAUAGUAAGAAAAUAUAUAAAGCUUUAAUUUAUGAUAGAUUUUGCAAUAGUUAUUUGCACUUUAUCUAAUUUUUUGCUUAUCAUAUGCUAUUUAAGAUUACCUUAUGUUCUAAAGAUUAUUAAGUAAAUAUUCUAUUAGUUUUAGUUUAUGCGUAAAAAUGAAUUUGUACAAUAAAUAUUUUGUCUAUUGCUUAUUCUCUUUCUUUAGAUAUAAAUUGGUGGCUCCUUAUUCCACUAUGUUGGGUAAUCUCAAAUUAGUAUCAACCCUACUAACAAUUGGCUAUAAGCCUCAGAUAUAAUAAAUAAUGAGUGGUAUGAGAGAUAUUAUAUCAGUAUUUAUUUUGCUUUCACUACAUUAAUGAAUGUAAUAUAUGGUGAUAUUCAUGCUUAUAACUAUGCAGAAAGAUUUACUGUAAUGAUGAUAUGUCUUUGCUCAUAUAUUUCUUUUGGCUAUUUUAUAACAGUAGUUGGUCUUUUACUUUAAGAAUAUGCAGCUUCUUUAGAAGAGUUUUACUAAAAAAGAUAAAAAAUAAUGAAUUAUAUGAUAUAAAGAUCCAUAUCAAAGAAGAACUAAAUAAAGAUGAUGCACUAUUUAGAAUAUUUACUUAGAAAAUCAUAAAAAAAUGAUGAAGGAUCAGUUAAAUUAUUAGAAGAUGCCCCUUUAAGCUUGAGGAGAUCUUUGUUUUAAGAUUUUUUUGGAAAAAUCCUCACUUCUAAUAAAUAUAUUCCAAACCAUCUUAGCCAUAGCUUCAUAAAUGAACUAUCAUAAUCUAUGGAAGAAGUUAUUAUUCAACCUGGAAAGCAAUUUGUUUAAGAAGGUGAAAUGCAAUCAAAAGUUUACUUUUUAAUUAAAGGAUAAGUUGAUAUAUUUAUUACAUCUAGAAAAUAAGAGUGUGUGCUCUAAAAAUAUACUACAAAAGGUGUAGAUAUUUGCUUAAAGAGUGCUUUUACAAAUUAACCUAUAUCGUAUUCAGUAAAAAGUAGCUCAGAAUAGCUAACACUAGCUUAUUUUGAGAUGGAGAAAUUCCUUGAAUUAAUAAAGUAAUAUCCUGAAGAUUAUGAGUCAUUUUGCUAAUGGAGAGAUGAAUUAAUACUUAAAGAGCAUUAACUAACUUUUAAAUGCAAAUCAUGCAAAAACAUAGACCAUGAGCUUGAUGAGUGCCCUCUAAUCAAUCUUAGAUUACCGAAACAAAAAAUAAUUAACUAGAAUUUUUUUGAAGAGACUUAAGAAAGAUUUUAUAUUGAAAGAAAAAAACGUAUUUUCAAAGCAAGACCAUAAAAAGGUUAGGUUAACUUAAAACUAAAACAAUAUCGAAUUUUCUUAACAAAGGCAGUAAUUCCAUAGAUGAGUUAAGACGUGGAAAAUUUAUUGCAAAUGAGCGAUGAGAAUUUUUAUAAGAUUAUGCCACCAAUAAAAAUAGUUAAUUGUGAUGAAAAUAUGAUGUAUGAAUUCUCCUCUGAUUAAGUAAGUAAAGGGAUUGAUGGAAUUUAAUAAGAUUUAAUAGUUGAAACUUAAAUUUAAAAAAGGGUUUCACUAGAAAAAAUUGAUGAAAAUAGUUAAAGUUCUUCAUCUUCUUCAGAAACCACUUCAUCAUCAGAUGAAUCAAUAGAUGAAUCAUUAGAUGAUAAACCAAGAAAUUAUACUCCCUAAAGAAGCAAAUAGUUAAUCAAAGAUAGUCAUCCUGAGAGAGUUAAAUCUUCGAGAUUGCAUUAAAAUAAGCAAAAUAGAAUUAGAGAAAGACUUGGAAUAUAGAAAAAUGUAGGACUGUUAACGAAAUAAAAGCAGCAUCUAAUCAAUAUGAAUUCUUUAAUCGAAUAAAAGAAGAAAAUCAAUAAUGAUCCUCUAAAAUAAAAUGUACCAAUUUAAGGAUUGAAAAAGAGAACCGAUAAAAUCAGCAGCCUUUACACUAAGAUACUCUUUAGAGAAUAGUAAAAAUAGAAAAGGUUAAAGUAUUUGUAGUUCUUGUGGGCAUAAAAAUAAAAUUAGAAGCCUUCAUAUUUAGACAGGAGAAAUAGUUAAUCUUAAAUAUCAACAAUUAAAAUUGAUAAAUAUGCCUAUGAUAUAGAAUUUAAUUAACUAAAAUAAAGAAACAUUAACUAAAAUUUAUUUUAAUUUGAUUUUGAAAAAAUUGAGACUUUUAAAAGAUAUAAUCCUUACUAUAAUUAUGAUAAAGUUAUAGGUAGAUAUAAUCUAAUUUAAAAGUAAAUUAACUUUUUUAAUAAUAAAAAGAAAUCUCCAUAGCAAAAAAACUAUAAAAAAUUACACUUAUUUUUUGAGAAUUGAUUGAAUAGAAAUCAUU